CCUUUGUACACUUUAUUCCAUGCAUUUUGAUCAAAGUCCACCAACCUUUUCGUAGCACAUGGAAUAAAACAAAGGGAGUACCAAUCAUAUUCGACGACUUACAUCCUUUGCUUCGCGUCCUUGUCGCCUUAUCGGGCAUUUCCCUGGUCGCUUGGCAAAAACUGCGGAUCGCAACUUUUGGCGAUAUACGAUUUCCAUCUAGAAAAUUUCGACUUCACAAACCGAAACCGUUCACUCUAGAGAUAUCCCAGCCACGAACAUAAAACGGGCCUCCACUAAACUAAUACGGCCUUACUUUUGUGUUGGCAUUAUUUAAACACAUCGCUUUUCAGCAUUCGCUCAGAAUUUCCGCAACUUUCACACGGUCACCCUCUCUCUCACCUUUUGCGCGCCACGCCCCUCACUAUCGACAUUGACCUAUUGCCAGGUCUCGACCCAUUCAGUUUUUUGAGAGAUCAAUUGGGUACAAUGAGCACGGAACCUCUAGCUGGUGGCCCGGAUAUGGCCUCAGACGAGUCUCAGCGCCUGUUCGCUGAUGAGCUGAAGGCGCUCAUCGCCGGCGCUCGCGAAGAGGCUUUAGUCACUCAGGAUGACGGCCAAGAGACCACAGAGACCACACAAGUCAACGGACAAACCAGCUCGGAAGACCAACCAGAGGUCAUAUCACAACCUCAGAUCAAGCAAGAACCAGAGGAGGAGGAGCCGACAUACGUAACGAAAAAGUUGAACGACCAGCAAGAGGCGCAGAAAGCGCAAGAAGCGCAAGGACCGGAGCACCCAGUGAAACAAGAGCCAGCUUCGCCAUCACGAAAACGUCCCAGCCCGGAAGAAGAACCAGACUCCCCACCAAAACCUGUCAAGAAGGAAGCAAAGCAAUGUGGUGUCUGUCAAGCGCAGCCAGGGAAGUACAGGUGUCCGCGCUGCCCGCUUAUGUACUGCUCCGUAGCCUGCAACAAAGCCCACAAGGAAAACCACCCACCUCCCUCCUCGGUACAACCCACACCAUCCACCAACACCCAGCAGCAGCAGCAGCAGCAGCAGCAACCUCCUCAGCCCAUCGACAACGACCCCCUAGCCUUCCUCCUCCCCCACGCCCACCACAUCACCCGCCUCCUUUCCAAAUACCCCCACCUCGAAUCUCGCCUCAACCACAUCCUAUCCCAAACCCUCCCGCCCUCCAACAACCCCAACGGCCUUCACGUCGACCCCAACACCGGCUUCGCCACCACCGCCUCCGGCCUCCCCGUCCGCGUAAACGUCCCCGGCUACGCCUCCUCUUCGGGAAAUUCUUACAUGAAAAAGGACACGCAGCCUUGGUCCAAGGAAGUCGGACUGCGUCGGGGAGCUGCUGCAUUGAGAAGAGCGAGGACGGAUCCGAGUGAAACGGGAGACGGCGUUAGGGAGCUUUGUGAGACGGUGCUUUGGUUGUUGAAGAGUCAGGAGAGGGGGGAGUUGGCUAGUAGGCCUGGUGGUAAUAGUAAUGGUGCUGCUGCUGCUGGGACGAGUAGUAGACCCAGCAGGGAUGUGACGCAAUUGGUUAGGGAGGAAGUUGUGAAAGAGGAGCAGGAGGUGGUGAAGAGGUUGUUGGAGGAGGAGAUUAAGCGGGAGGGUGGGGAUCGAUGAAUUGGCGGACGCCCUAGAAGGGGGAAAGCCAU